AUGGCGACGACGUUAGAGUCUUUGAGGGAUACCCUCAUCACAAACCCCCUGGCGGCCACUGUUGCCGACGCGCUCAACUCCUUUUCGGAACGACGAGCUAAGCUCGGCCUCAGCAACCCUGGCACCGUCGAGAACUUGGCCAAGGAAGUACAGCGCGAUGUUCUUCUCCAGGGCUACAUGUUCACUGGCAUCAAGGCCGACUUGACCAAGAUGUUCAGCCGCCUGAGCCCCUACAACUUUGCUGCCCUCUACGGUACCAACAACGUCUUCCUUCAAGCCCAGCUCGAUAACGAAGGGUCCUUGUCGAGCCGCUUCAACUUCCGAUGGGCCGACAAGCUCGUCAGCAAGACCCAACUCCAGCUCUCCAACGAUGGAAACAAUAUGGCCCAGAUCGAGAACGAGUAUACCGGCGAUGACUUCACUGCCUCUCUUAAGAUUUACAUCCAGUCCGUGACUUCCAAGCUCGGUCUUGGUUUCGAGACCGUAUGGCAGCGUGGUGUUCUUACCCAGCCUCCCGAGACCGCCCUCUCUCUUUGCGCGCGCUACAAGUCGGACGACUGGGUUGCCACCGCCCAGCUCCAGACUCAGGGCGCUCUCUCCACUACCUACUGGCGCCGAAUCUCCGACAGGGUGCAGGCUGGUGUUGACAUGUCGUUGGCCCUCGUCCCUAGCCAAGGCGGUCCUCUCGGCGGCGGCAUCUCCAAGGAGGGAACCACCACCGUUGGUGUCAAGUAUGACUUCAGGAUGUCCACCUUCCGCGCCCAGUUCGACUCCAAGGGCAAGAUUGGUCUCUUGGUUGAUCACUUCUCGCAGCAAGCCAAGGUUGGCGUCGGUGUGUCGGUCGAGGGUGGCAGCGACGAGCUUGAGCAGCAACAGGAGAUGAUGGGUCAGCAGCCGGCGGCGCUCAACAUCCCCUUUAAACGAGAAGAAGCGCCCUUGAUGCCGGUCACGCGAUGGCAGAGGGCAGAAAAUGGCGCCUGGGAGCCGACAUUUUCUUUGUGA